GCGCAGCGGCGCGAGAAGGAGCGGCUGAUAGAGCGCCUCCGGGACCAGGAGGAGAGUGUCCGCACCCUCGAGGCGGCGGCUGGGGACGACCCCGAGCUGCGCCGGCAGGCGGACAUACAGCGGGCCGCCUUCGAGCUGGAGAGGCUGCGCAGCAACGUGGAGCCGUGGUCCGCUGGGCCCUCAGCCGCGGCCGCGACGCCAGCGGCGGCGGAGGCCGGCAUCCCGAGGCCCGCUGCAUUCCAGCCGCCCAGCGCGCCGGCCCCAGCGGCGGAGGGCGGCGACGGCAG